ACACAAAAUCUCUUUUCUGGAAGCUGUUUGUGAAAGUGUUGUUUAAAAUGGCUGAUUUGAAGGUUGAUAUCUUGACUGUAGCUACACCCACAGGCUUGGAUAACUUGGAUAAAUUCUUGUCCUACCACUCAUUUGUUGGCGGUGUUAAGUGUGCCACAUCUGAUGAUGUCGCUGUUUUCAAAAAGCUUGGAAAGGCACCAGGCAAUGAAACUCACCCAAACGUUCAUCGUUGGUAUAAGCACGUAGCCACAUGGGUUAAGAGUCCACCUGCCGACCUUCCCCAGGGUGUAUUCAAGGUUGAGGAAGAAAACAAGCCUGAUGAUAUUGAUCUUUUCGGUGAUGAGGAGGAGGAAGAAGAUGAUGCCCUUGCAAAGAAAAUGGCCGCCAUGAAAGCGGCAAAGACCAAGAAGAAGGAAGUUGCCAAAUCAUCCCUCGUAAUUCACAUCGAACCCGCUAGCAUUGAAACAAACUUGGAUGAAGUUCUAAAAUUGGUUAGGGAUAUCAAAAUGGAAGGCUUGACUUGGGGUGAAGCAUACACUAAGAUCCCAUUGGCCUACGGUAUUGAGAAACUGCAGGUUAUAUGCACAAUUGUUGAUGACCUUGUAAACACCAAUGAAAUCAUAGAACUCAUCGAAGGUCUCGGACUUACUGAUGAGCAAAAGGCCUUGUUAAGCAAGAGAGAAGAAGAAGACGACGACGAAGAUGAGGAUGAACUAUUCGGACUAGUACAAUCCGCUACUAUUGUUUCAUUCAACAAACUCUAAAAUGUAUGAAGGAUAUUUUUACAAUUAGAUACAAGACCAAAUAAUGUCAGUUUCAAAAGUCUUGAAAACUACUACAUCGCCAUAAUCUAGGCCUAUAGUCUUUGAACCGUCUAUACAUACAACGGCAUCCUUAGCUAGGGCAAGAACCUUGACUUGCUUCCCUGUAUACAUUGAAGCGUCUUCCGUUGCCCUAAUAUGGCAAUAUCAAUAUAAAUACCACCUACUUAUCGCUAAUCUCUUCCCUAAUAAUACAUCGUAAAAGAUCUUUCGAGGGGUCCAUCUUUAACUUUUCAUUGUAACAAUUGACGACCUCAUUAACAACGUUGUUGUCUAUAAAUAAAAUAUAAACAUCAUCUGCCUCUUACCUAUUUUUGAGGCAAAGUCCUUUGGAAUCGAUGGGUGAUCCAGAAGACACUGAAUGAUAC